ACUGGAACGACUAUUCAAGGAUACACUUUUUGUGGAUGAUUGGGAUGCUGUUAGAAUUGCGUUACUAUAUUUCUUAGUUCAUGGUGUACUCGGAAUGGAUCCGAAGGUUCAAAUAAAAAAAAAAUUCAUUGAUUUGGUUGCUGAUCUCGACGUAUUUAAUUCCUACCCUUGGGGCAUUCUGAGCUACAAGGAGACGAUCAACUCAUUCCACAAUGCAUUCCAGCAACGAGGACGAGGACGUGCAGUAAAGAAUAUAUCACAGUAUUAUGACCUAAAAGGUUUUCCAUUGGUGUUUCAGGUGUGGGGGUUUGAAGCAAUCCCUGAUUUUGGUAACCAAUUUGCCGACCGGUUGGAAACCCGUUGUCCGAGGAUCCUUGGAUGGCAUACUCCAAGGCAACCGAACCAUUUUGCUGUCCAUAAUUGGUUCUCCUCCAAUAGCAAUUAUGUUGUGCACUGGAGGUUAGAUGCUACCGAUGAGGAGAAGACUAUGGAUUACUGGCGAACAAUAGCAGUUGACAUACAUGAAGUUCGCUACACGUCACCUCCAAUUGUAGCACCAAUAGUUGGCGCUAAAGAUGUUGGCGCUAAAGAUGCGUCCAAAGCUGAGGAGCAUUCUAGUGGCCCUCCAGAUGCUAAUUUCAGGCUUGCUUGCUUGGAGGCAAAAGUUGAUGAAUUAAAUAAAGAGAUGGUAGCGUUAAGGAAGAUGCUUAGUUCUAUUAUUGACCAAUAA